AUGCGGUCGCCGGCGCUCCUGGUCGCCGGCCUCCUCGCGGCGGUGCUCCUCGCUGCCGGUGCCGGGGUCGGGGUCGCGGCGGCCGCGACGGAGGAGGCCUACGUCACGCUGCUGUACGGCGACGAGUUCGUGCUCGGCGUGCGCGUCCUGGGGAAGUCCCUCCGCGACACCGGCACGCGGCGCGACAUGGUCGUGCUCGUCUCCGACGGCGUCUCCGAGUACUCGAGGAAGCUCCUCCAGGCAGAUGGUUGGAUUGUGAAUCGUAUAACAUUACUGGCUAAUCCUAAUCAAGUUAGGCCAAAGAGGUUUUGGGGUGUCUACACCAAGCUAAAGAUAUUUAACAUGACAAGCUACAAAAAAGUUGUUUACCUUGAUGCAGAUACUAUAGUUGUGAAAAGUAUCGAGGAUCUUUUCAAGUGUGGCAAGUUUUGUGGAAAUUUGAAGCAUUCUGAAAGAAUGAAUUCUGGUGUGAUGGUUGUUGAACCUUCUGCAACUCUUUUCAAUGAUAUGAUCAACAAAGUGGGUCAAUUGCCUUCUUACACUGGAGGGGACCAAGGUUUUCUAAAUUCAUAUUAUUCUGAUUUUGCCAACUCCCGUGUCUAUGAGCCAGACUCGCCUUUAACUCCUGAACCGGAGACACAACGCCUUUCUACCUUGUAUAAUGCUGAUGUUGGCCUUUACAUGCUAGCAAACAAGUGGAUGGUUGAUGAAAAGGAAUUAAGAAUCAUCCAUUACACGCUGGGCCCCCUAAAACCCUGGGACUGGUUCACAGCGUGGCUUGUAAAACCUGUUGAAACAUGGCAGGAUAUUAGGCAAAAACUUGAAGAAUCUCUUCCAGGAACUGGUGGGGGAAGGAACCCUCGUGACCAGCUGGUUGUCAAAAUAUUGUUCAUUCUCCCAUUUUGCUUGCUGUUAUUUGGUUAUUACCAAUCAUGUUUUCAGACAAACAAGGAGUUGAUAAAUAUAAGAUCACUAUGUGCAUUUGCUAGAAGAGCUCGCCACAAAUACAAGUCUGAAGAGUCACUUCCAUCUUAUUCAGUGGUGGGUUCAUCGUCUGUAUUUGGUAUUUCAAACCAAAGGUUAUCAAAUGGAAAUUUGAAGCUACCUUCUUAUUUUGGGGCAAUCGCGGUGCUAGUCUGCUUCAUGUCUGCUGGUUUCUCUCUUGAAUUUGCUUUCAUUAUCAUUCCACGGCAGGUUAUGCCAUGGACAGGUUUGCUACUGAUGCUUGAGUGGACCUUUGUGGCAUUCUUCUUAUUGUUUGGGAGUUAUCUCCGUUUUGUCUACCGGUGGGGAAGUAUCAGUGCAAACCAUGUGGGCUUUAGCAAUCCUGAUGCAUCAGAGAAUCAUAUGGGUCCAGGCCAUCAGCGAAAUAUGUCUGACUGCGACAUGGAUGCAACAUUUUACUGGAUAGGGAUGGCAACUAUAGCUACUAUUACUGUAUUAUUACCAACUAUCUUGGGCAUAACUGCAUUGUUCACAAAGCUAGGAUUAAUGGUCGCUGGUGGUAUUGUGCUGGCAUCUUUUAUGACAUAUGCAGCGGAGCAUCUUGCAAUCUCAGCCUUCAACAAGGGUAGGUUUGUACAAAAAAAGAAUGAUGAUUAA